UUUCGAAAGGAUGAGUAAAGUCUAUUUCAUUUUGAUGAGUGUGUUGUCAGUGACAUAUUGUGAAAAUGAGUCUUUUCAUAAAUUGGAACAACCAUCGAAGAAAACGAAGAAGUUGGAAGUGUACAAUGAGAAUGUGUUCACGUUCAAUCUGUUCGAAAACUUUGAGUCGGCCAGAGAAGUGUAUCGCUCUGACUUGAAGUUGAUCGAUCACCUGUUCAGUGUGAGGUCGUCAUUACAAGACAAAUACGAUCAUUUAUCCUCUAACCGGGUUUGGACAGGCUCUCCCGAGGUCCCAUUGUCCAAUCUCACUUUUGGCGAUGAUGAAGAUUUUCACGGUGCAGUUAAGGGCCUUGUGUUCUUACAUGACACAUAUUCCUUUGAUCUCAACCAAUUGGCCAAGGGGGUAAUUCUCGUCAAAAGUUAUCCAAAAGGUCGGCUCAAGUUCUCCAAUGGCCAUCCAUUAGGAUUUGAGGAUUUUCUAAUACUAGGGAAACAAGCGUUUGCUCUUAGAUUAUACGAUCGAGCUAUCGAGUUUAUGAGGAUGGUCUUGAAACUUUUGCCGGAUCAGUCAGGUCUUUCAAAGGCCGAAGUGGAAGCAAUCCACAAGAUGAGGAGGGAUCUUAUGACCCUCAACAAUCAAAACCUCUACAAAUCUGGUCAGAUCAUUCACGCCAACUUUAAGAUAUUACCCUACAUAGUCAACGAUAAAUUGAAGAGAAAGAAGAUCCAGCCGGAUUUUGUUCAGGAAGAGCAUCUAAUCCAUUUGAACGGUUUUGGAAGAUUUGAGCGGGACGCUCAUUUUCGGCGGGUUUGCAAUGGCCAAAUGUUACGGAAGACUCCCGUCGAGCCACAAAAAUGUCAUUUCCUCCAUCACCACAAUCCAUACCUGAAAUUGGGGCCGUUCAAGAUGGAGGUGGCUUCCAAAGAUCCUCUUAUCAUGGUUUUCCAUGACUUCUUGGCCAAAUCCGAGUUGGAGUUUCUCAUUGAAUACUCUCGUCCGCGAUUAUCUCGUGGCCGAUUUUACAAUCCAUACAAUGAAGCUUUGCAAGCAGGGCUCAACGAAGGCAAGAAGGUCACACGAAUUGUUCAGAAAUCCGUCCAAUGCUGGAUUGGCGAUCUCGAAUAUCAAGCCUAUCAUGACAAUCUCCACGAGUUUGAGCGCGACUUUAAUUACACCAUUCACUUCCCCAAUUUGUUCCGCUUGACGCAACGCAUGGAGCUGGCCACGGGAUUGAACACAACCGCCAAGUACGCCACCACCGAAUAUCAAACCACCAACUAUGGCCUGGGUGGCCUUUGUGAGACCCAUUAUGAUCCCCAUGGGUACAUAGAAGGUGUCGAACUUCCCCCACAUCCAAAGUUUAAGCGGUACCUGAAAUGGGGCGAUAUGAUGGCCACGGUCAUGGGCUGGUUGGAAGAUGUGGAAGCCGGUGGAGCCACAGGCUUUGCAGAUCCGGGCAAUGAGGUCCUGAUUUGGCCUCGAAAGGGCUCAGUGGCCUUUUGGUUUGGCUUGGACCGAAAAGGCCACCGUGAUAAGCGACUCCUCCACGGAGGCUGUCCCAUUCUCAAGGGAUCCAAGUGGAUCCUGAAUAAAUGGAUCCAUUAUUACGAUCAAUUCGACAAAGUCCCAUGCUCUCUAGACCCAAAUGAUGUUGUUCUACCUUUUGAAGGGAUCUAUUGAAAUAUGAAUUUUGGUCGAUUUUCCACAAAGGCAAAUCAAAACAAUCUGAUUUCUCUUCUUCUAGAUCCA